CAAAGUUUAACUUUUCGUUUUUAAUUAACUGCAGCGCUUUUCUCUUUUCUAUCAAUUCGCAGCACAGCAAACAGAAAACGGCAGAACCAUGCAACCGGAAGCAACUGUCCGCUUCUCGUAACUCCAUCGAUGCAUCUGCCAGCGAGGACCGCUUCAUCGAGAUACCAGUGCCACCGAAUGGAGACAGUGCUUCGUCCAUAUCGUGCAGUGCUGAUUUACAAGAAGUUGACAAACCAACCUCACCGGAAGAUGAGGCCACCAGUGUCAAACAGAAAGUCAAGGCCAAAGUGCGCCAACAGCGUGAAAACAGUUUGAAGAACACAUUCGGCUGGACCCGAAUCGAUGUCCUGACCAUGCUGGUGGUGUGCAUCUUUCUGGCUUCGUUCUGCUUCUCAGCCGUGGUGGAAGCGCUGCAAACCUUGUCCCACAUCCACCACCAGGACGCGAUGCACUAUCCCAUUCCGGUUCUCAUACUCGGUGCCAUGGGACUCAUCCUGAAUGGGUUCUGCUAUUUGCUCAUCGGGGGCUACACGUACCACCAGGGAAGCUUCCUGUACAUCACUUCCAGCGGAACGGUGAUACUGGAUCGGGUCGUCACCGGAGACGGCAUCCGGAAGGGCGAGCGUCGGCUGUCGGGGUCACGACGACACGUGGCUGCUGCAGCUGCUGGUUCUCCAAAGCGACAGAGCGUGCGAGAACUGAUGCGAGAUAUCUGUAAAUUUUGCCAUGAAUACACUGAUACAGGCGCAUAAUAAGUAUCAAAUUUUGAAAAACUCU